AUGCCGAACCUGGACAGCUUGUUGUCCUUCCCGACCCCCGGUGUGGGGUCGUCGAGCGGUCCGACACGCACACCGAUCCCGCCACGCUCUUCCCACGUCCUCGUCACGGACACUACCGACGCGCCCGCCCUGUUCGUCUUGAUGCACUUCCUACGAGCAUCGCAUGCGUACAACAAGACGCUUCGGCCCGGGCCAGACACUGCGAGCAUCAAGGGGAAAGGGAAAGCGCGCACGAAGGUCGUCUGGCUCGGCUGCACCUCCGAGGGCAUCGUGCAUCUCAAGAACGUCGCGCGCAAGUCGGGCGUGCAUCUGGACGAAGAGACCGCCCAGGGCACAUUCAAGUUCAUCGACGCAGCUGCAGAGGUGUACGAAGCAUCUGGGAUCGAAAGCUCGGCAGCAGCACUAAGCAUACAAGGCGAUGCAUCUCGUACGCAUACGCCAUUCAAGCGCAUCUAUGACCAGAUCGCUCGCGAGCUCACAACGACCUCGCAUCACGACACCCAGUUGUUAGAGAGCGAGUGGGGGUCACGAAACCUCAUCAUCGUCGACGAUCUCACCGCUCUUGCAUGGGGUGCCGACUCCAUCGACGCACAGGGGCAUGUGACCAAUGUUGGCCAACAGACAAGCCAAUGGCUCGGCGCACUCACUGCGUUGGCAACCAGAAACGAUGCGAGUGUGGUCACGCUGAUGCAUGCGGAUGCGACGUCGAGCAGCAAGAACGGUGCGUCCGACCCGGUCGACGAGUGUCUGCUGAGCAGCCUGCUCCAGACGGCCGAUGUGUGGGUGGAAGUCAAGGAGCUUGCGAGUGGACGUGCGCGCGACUGCGAUGGCGAAAUCACUGUCCAUCCUCUAGUGCGUCCAUCGCUCGCCCACACGCUUGCCCCCUCUGCAUCUCACGCUCAGCAACACCGCAACGUGCCUCCGUUGCAGGCAUUUGCAGUCGAGACGCCCUGUCCCACACGCGCGAAGGCUGUACUGUACCGCAUCGCUCCCGACGGCCAGAGCGCUGCCCUUGGUGGCGCCACCAUCGGCUCCAACACAGGCCGCGUCCAGGUUUGGCCAAGAGGCACAGGCCGAGGCUUUCUCUGA